GUUCAACAAGACAACGAUAAUCGGAGGAAUUUUGCUCUCACCCCUUUAGACAAAGGAUACUUCAGUAACAAAGACAGUUGAUGAACAUCACGAAGGAGGUGGGGGGCAGCUACCAAUGGAAUUCCAACCUCCGCGUCAAACACGUCAGAAUCCAAACCUUAGCAAAACAAAACAUUUGAUCGCCGACCAUUUAGAUCAGUUGAGAUCGGGCCUCGUUCACGAAGACUCUGGGACGACGGAGAAACCACGCUCGAUUCACUUGCUGGAAGCGGCCACCAUCGACCCGGCCGAUUCAAUUUACGGUAUCGCUGUUAUUGCAGCUGUUGGCACUGCAUUAGUGUUGGCUAUAAUAGGAUUCGCGUUUGGAUGGUACACGAUGACAAAGAGAGCGAAAGCAGCAGCAGACGUUGAUUAUCCGGCAUACGGUGUAACUGGUCCUACGAUAGACAUGUCAGGAGAUAGGAAACUGGCUCAUUCCGCCCACAUGUACCAUUACCAACACCAAAAACAACAGAUCAUCGCUAUGGAAAGGAAUGGAAUGGAGCACCGUAAUGGAUCCAUUUCUGAACCAGAAUCCGAAGAAGAAAACGAAGAAGGCGACUACACCGUAUACGAGUGCCCUGGAUUUGCUACCACUGGUGAUAUGGAAGUGAAAAAUCCGCUGUUCUCGGAAGAACCAACACCUGCUACCCCUGGCAAAUGCGAGCUGGUGAAGCCUCAACCCAAGGAUUAA